UUGGCCUUCUCCUCUCCAGUUCAACCCAUCCACAGAACACACGCAUAUUGGCCUUUUCUCUGUUUUCAUUAAACGUCUUUGUUACUCUCUAAAAGCGAGCACGGAAACAAAUGGCUGCGGAUUUUUCAUUCAACGAGGAAGAUAUGGUGGUCGACGAAGGAGUUGGGUACUCAAAGGCCUAUGCAAAGCUGUGUAGGGAUCGUGAAGCUGCCGGCACUUACAGCCACGGCCCUCCCUUCACUUUCCUCCCAUGUGCAUUGCAGCAACAUGAGAUUCAGAGAGCAAAGGACUUAGAACAAAUCUUCCCAAUUGUUGAUCAAAAAGCAAAGCCAACAGGUAAACCCAAGGUUUUUGUUGGCCUCUUGUGGAAGCAACUCAAUCACCUAGGGAAUGCUGGUUUUGAUCCUGAAGUAAUAAGAGUAGAUCCAUACGGAAAUGUUCUAUAUUUCCAUGCAGAUAAAGCCUCUCCUCUUGCUUGGGACAUUGACCACUGGUUUCCUUGUCAAAGGGGCGGAUUAACAGUUCCAAGUAAUCUGAGGAUACUUCAAUGGCAAGUGUGCAAGGGAAAGCAUAACAAGUUAGAGUUUCUUGUUCCAUGGUGGGAUCUUCAGCUGGGAAUUUCCGUGAACCAGUUUUUAUCCAUAUUUGCUUCUUCCAAUUCGGAUUUCAGGCGUAGGGCAUUUUCAUUUUUGUUCUCUCAAGGAGAAAAUGAAGAAUUAAAUGCUUCACAGAAUGUGGAUUCACAUUCUUUUCCACAACAUUUCUUUCAAUCAAAAGAACAACUAGGCCUUGCUCCUGCUGCCCUUGUUGUAUCUCGAAGAGAAUCCUAUGAUUCUUCAUUGGCUUUGAAAUCACUGGAUUACAAUAGGCAGAUAACGCCCUAUUCUCCUGCAAUUGCUGCGAGAAAAGUAAAGCAAGGUGACUUGAAAGAAAAUGAGAACCCAGACUUUGUUACAAACCCCUACCAAGCCAUUGUCAUGGCCAGGGUUUCUCUGAAGCAAGGGGAAGAAGCUCACAAGAUGCAAGUUGAAAUGCAGAAAUUAGAUGACGAAGUUAAUGAAAUGAGGACCAAGAAUGAUGAGGAAAAGCUUGCUAUUCAGGACUUGGAGUUGGCACUGAUUAAGCGUAGGAGAAGGGCAGAAAAGUGCAAGAGGCUAGCAGAGGCACAGUCUUCAUAUAGGACCAUGUUAGAGAAGAUGAUUCGAGAUGCCAUGCACCAGAGUAUCAUUUACAAGGAACAAAUGAGACUGAACCACGCUGCAACUAAUGCAUUAAUGGCAAGGCUCGAAUCACAGAAGGCAAUUUGUGAUGCAUCAGAGAGAGAUAUCCACAAGAAAUUCAAACAAAGAAAUGAGCUUGAGAAACAAUUAAGGCCUGAAUGGGAACAUACGAGGAAGAAAUCAAGAAUGGAUGAUACCUUACACGAGGAUGCAGACCACAAACCUUGUCCUUAUUUGCUAGGAACCAAGCCAAGCACACCUCUGCAUAAGGAGCUGAGAGUAUUUCUAGAGGAAGAAAGGAAAGCAUCUGAAGAUAGGAAGACUGAAGAAAUUGAAGAGGAACUGAAAAAAUCUGCAAAAUCCCUGUUUAUGAAGGAUCCUGAUGAGCAUAAUAAAUCCAUUGUUGCCUUGGAGAACUAUGAAAUCCCAAUUGAGCAUAAGCUUCAGGCACUAGAUAUAGGUGAUGGGAAGAGAGAGGAAAUUCAAUUCCCAAGUAUCAGAGUACAAGUAAUAGAGGAAGACGAAGAUGAAGAGAGUAGGAAGCAAAGAGGGAAAGGAAAUGUAGAGAGGUGGUUACAAAUGUUGUUGAACUCUCAAGAUGAGUUGGAACCUGAAAACUCAAAUGGCCAUGAAAAAUCCAUGACUGAUGAUAUAAUUACAAAGCUGAAUCAGAAGUUCCCACAGGAGGCCAAGAGUUCAAAGCAUCCAGGAUUUGAUCAAGGAAAGAAGAUAGAAGAAAUUGUUGAGAUAGAAGCAAACAAAACAGAGACAAGGACUGUAAAGAAAGCAGUGAAAAUAUGAAACUUAAAUUUAUAUAUUUCAGUACAUUUUGUAUUAUAUGUACAUUUUUUUCAUUCUUAUAAUCUUACUUUUUUAUAGAUUGCCCAUGGCUGCAAAAUCUGAAUAAUCUAGUGACAUCUAUGUAUAUUUGGUCUUUGAUUUAUGUAUGAACUUCUUGUGUUGUGAAUAAAUUAAGUUCAACUUCUUGUGUUGAUAA